CGGAGACGAGGUGAGCGACGCGCGCGCAACAAACCCACGCUUAUGCACACGCGCUCUUCUCAUACAAUAUUCAACGCGUCAGUUUUUGCGUUGACAUUCCCUCGAAUCAACAUGUGGAAUACGCUUCGAUAGUUACAAUAUUAGUGAAAACUAUGAGUAGAGUCUUCGCUUUUUUAACUUUAAUGUAAAAAAAAAACUUUUGGAAUAGAAAAUGCCGUGUGUGAAUUUGUUUCGUGGGCUCCUGAUAGCCGUUCUGGUUUGCAUGUUCAGGUGCGAGGAAGAUUUGAAAGACUUCGAUUUCUCUGAUGGUGAUGAUGAGGUGAUGAUCGCUCAAGAAUCACGACAUUAUCAGACCUUUGUGAAGCCACCAGUGAGAAUAGUGAAACCAACGGGUGUGACGAAUUCGCAUCGACCGCAGUACAAUUUGGAUUCGUUUGAAGAUGAUAUUGGCUUCGAAGAUGUUGCGGAGACUACUACGAGAAAGAGUUACAAGCCUUCUUACAAGUUGAGGUCUAGAGAAGGCAUGAUAAAGGAUGCGGUUUUAAGAGCGUUGGAGAGGAAGGACCACGUAGGGAAGUUUGCGCAGCUGCUGCCCAUCAUCAGGGCGAUGUCUGGGAAUCAGCGAGUGGCGCUGGCAUCGCUGGUCGCGAAUCAAGUUACCACGCCGCCGGGAAAAGAGCCGCUUAAUCUAGCUCAGGUGAGAUCAAUGUUCGGUAACAACGCAAACACCACUACAGACCUGAUGCUGCCGAUACUGUUAGACAUGGCGAAUCUGAUCAGACGCGCCAUCAGACCAGGCAAACAGUUGAGAGAAGUAAAAUACCCACCGCCACCACAGCAACUGCUCAGGCGAUCAUUCACCGAGGACGUAUCAUACAUUGACGAUGACAUUCAACCAAAUCCUGAAAUUAACACAGAAGACAAGAAUACAGACAAACAUGAACACAAAUAUGCAAACAAUGAACAAGCUAAUAACAAAACAAUCUCACAAACUCCUUCAACGUUACAUCUCAGAUUUCCUACUAGAAGGAUUCUGCCACAGAGGACAAACAAACCAACACAAACUGAUAGACCAGCACAAGACCACAAUAGAACAAAUGACUCGAAACAUAAAGUAAACAGCUCGGUCACAACUCACCCUGAAGAAGGCGAUAAGAACGCGUCAACUUCAACAGAGGCGCCUGCGUCUGCGCAAGGCAGAUCGGCCUUCAAGGGCUCCGGGGACAACACCACGGACUUGACAGCGGCAGCCACCAACCAGACCCUGGCACAGGACCUGCCCGUCGCCGAGAAACUCAGAGCUCUCAACAGAUACGUCGAUAGAAAAAGUAACUUGAUAAGGCGUGGCACAUACCCGCCAAAGCCAACUUCGUUGGUACGUCGCACCACAGCCGAGCCGCCCGCUAGCCCUGUCAGUCCCUUGGGAGCGGUGAGCCGACGCCGCCCAGCCCCGCCCAGGAAGCUGCCGAGCUCGGCGUCGGCAGCUGACCAAGCCAAGUGCGAACUGUUCACCAACACGCUGUGUCUACACGCGGAUGAUUACCCAACUGAAGCAAUAGUGCAAUCAAUAAGAAGAAACAAAGCUGCUGCCGGGGCUCUGCUGGCUGACUUCAAGGACCCUGGGGAGAGUGCAGUCGACGGAGUGACGGCGGCACAGGAGGCCAAAUAUACAGCGGAACAUUACCUAGUGUCUAACAGGCGAGGUGAUACCGCCAACAGAGAUUUUGCGGGAGCGGGAGAAGCAGGGUUCAUGUGUCCCAGCACCGUGAAGUACGCGCGGCCGCAGCGUGCGCGAGCAACUUCAGGCCAGUGGAAAUACAUCGUCAACACUGGCGAGCACACGCAGACGCUCAGGCUUGAGAAAUGCUUAAAACCGAAAGAAUCAUGCACUUAUCUCACCGAUAAUUUUAAAUCUAAAUGCGUGCAAGUUUACAAUUAUCAUAGGCUACUAACAUGGGAUCAACAAAAUGGUCUUCACAUGGAUAUAUUCAAAGUGCCAACAUGUUGUUCUUGCCAUAUUGAAGGAUACAGUGUAUCUUUUCCUCCUGUAGGGCAUAGAGUUCACGAAACAUCAUCCGAACAAUUCCCUACCGAUGAUUUGUCAUCAGAACAUGGCAACCAAGCUUUUGAAUCAGUCCAAUCAACAAUUCACAGACCGAGUGUGAGUAAAUCGCCACCAUUUACACACAAAAAGCCAUUAGAGACAUAUUCACCAUUUAGCGACAGCCAUAAUUUGAUCUCUGGUGUACCAUUUAGUAACGGAAAAAUAUUAGAUAACGAAGAAUCCAGUGAUGCUAACAUUCCUUCACAUCCAAUGGACUCUUAUGGUAACACUUAUUUCCCCGAUUCUUUUAAUCAAGCAAGCUCUGUACGCAAUGUCAAACGGCCUUUGUCAUCAAGGAUACCAGCUUCAUCUAAUAACUUUGAAACAGUUACUUUGCCGAGCUAUUUGGAGCCUCCGACACCAUCUGGGCCUAAUUCGUUCACGUUCUUAAACGAAACUCCUAAUAAAUACAAAAUUACUGGAAGUCAGUUUAAAAGAGGCCCGGUUAGACCAAAUCGAAGACCAAUUAGAAAGAAAAUAUCUGGUGGCCCUGAGGAUUUAAUAUCAUCAGGUACUUCGGCUGUUGAAUCAUUCACAAGUUCAAAUUUAGAAACAAUGGAAGAAUUUAAUGAUGACUUGGAAGAACCUGAAGUUGGUCAAGCUACUUCGAAUGUGAAUUUUCCAAAGAGAAUCACGAUUGCUCCAAAACUGCAAUCUGUAGUUCCCGAAACAAUAUCAACCACAUCCAAACCCUCAGAUCCAAGUAAUGUGGUACAGGAAACUUUCACUUCAAACGGCAAGAGAGUAAAUUACAAUUAUCAUCCAAUAAUAGAUUUUUUCGGUGAUGAUGAAAAAGAAAACGAUAGUGAAUCGAUUGAUAGAGAAGAUAGUGAACCAAAUUAUGUUCCAAAUAUUCAAUCGGAAUGGAAACCAAUAAAUCACCCCUCAUCGUCUAGAAAUAAUGGAAAAUCCCCAAAUUUAGUCGAAAGGAAAAAACAUAAAUAAAGUUUGAGUACUUGCAUCAUGUAGAUAAAUAGAACUUAAUUUUUCAUAGAAGUAUUCUCAUUUCGAUUAAAUAAGAUAGAUAAAUUGUAUCCUUAUGUUUAUAAUCUUUUCACGAUAAAACCAAACCAAAUCGAUCAUUAAAUUAUUGUAUUUAAAAUUAAUUUAUUUUUAAUUUAUUGAUAGCUUUAGAAUAAGACUCUAUUUUGUUUGUAAAAAUAUUAGUGUUUGUUAAGAACUUAAAGACUUGCCAGGUUAAUA